AUGUCAGAUGAUGAACGUUUGUCUCUUCAUUCUUAUGAUCCUUUAUAAGAUGGGAAUGAUAAUGAUGAAAUAGAUGAAUUUUACAAGGAAUUAAGUUAUCAAUUUUAUGGGGAGGAGAAAAAAAAGAAAGUAUCACUUUUGAUGUCAGGUUCAACUUAAGUAACAAUCAUAUUAAAAAUUUGUAGGAGACUAAUAAACCUAGUAGAGAUACACUACCUGAUGUUAAGAAAGGUUUCUUGUUUGUGAAGUCAUCCUCAAGUCGUGCAGGCAGUCCAAAAUGUGGACGUAAUUAGGUGUAAAGGAAAUCUCCAAAUUAAAAGUUAUAGAGUAGUCCCACUACUAUUAGAAUGAUUUAAACAAAGAAACUAAUUUAAUUAUUGUAAUCACCUUACAAUAUGAAAAAUAAGUAGAAACAAACAUUUUUGAAGAAAUAGAUUGACAUGAUCAAAAAGAUUCAAGUAUAAGAAUUAAAGGAACAUUAUUAUAAAUGA